AUGAUUUCUAGUUUAGUGCUAAUACUGGCUUUGUCGUAUGCUUCCGGGCAAAACAAUCUAGUUGUCGACACCAGGGCGAGAGUGCAGCAUCACACAGAAUACUACACAAAACUUAUUCAAGAGCUAGUUUAUGAGUUGGAAAAACGUGGCUUCUGCAAUUUGAAAUUGAAUGACGUAAUUAUAGAACAUAAUGAACAACUCUACAACUUCCUGGUAUCUGGAAACGCGACUUACACUAACGGGUUUCUAGUGUCCAUAGAGAAGAUAGAUGUCACGAAUAUGGAACAGAGAGUCACCAGGGAUAUUGUGAACGGGGCGAGCGUUCCUACGGCUUUAGUUCGCGGAAGAUUGAAUUUAAGGGACGUGAAAGUUGGCUUCGAUGUUGAUGCGCACAUCAAUGAUGAACUUAGGCACUAUACCGGAGCUUUUACACAUAUACUAGUUCAAUACGAAUUGAAUGUCCACAAGAAUUUGGUGUCUGGGGAACUUCAUACUUCUAUGAGGCUGUUGAGUCUGAUGCCCAGUGCUACAGUCCGGAUGGACUAUAUGCCAUCGGACAGCAUCACCGAAGCUUUGUCGAGACGUUUUGUCCCAAGCAUGAACAGGAAUAGCGCUGAAAACUGGGGAACACAUUUCGCUUCGAUAUUGUUGGAGAAGGCGAAAACUAAAAUACCGUUCCCAAAUGUUUGUUUUAAUUGUUAA